AUGGAAAUAUGGUUCAGUUAUCUUCUUUCGUUCUGUGUCCAUUCAUAUCAUCUAUCUAUCUAUCUAUCUAUCUAUCUAUCUAUCUAUCUAUCUAUCUAUCUCUCUCUCUCUAUAUAUAUAUCAUUCUGUUCAUAUCUAUCUAUCUAUCUAUCUAUAUAUAUAUAUAUAUCAUUCUGUUCAUAUCUAUCUAUCUAUCUAUCUAUCUAUGUCUCAUACUUUAUUUAUUUAUAUCUAUCUAUUCUUAUACUUUCUCAGUCUAUUCAUAGCUAUCUAUCUAUCACAAUCUGUUCAUAUCUAUCUACCUAUCUAUCUCAGUCUCUUCAUGUCUAUCUAUUUAUCUAUCUAUCUCAGUCUGUUCAUAUCUAUCUAUCUAUCUAUCUAUCUAUCUAUCUAUCUAUCUAUCUCAGUCUGAUCAUACCUAUCUAUCAGAGUCUGUUCAUAUCUAUCUAUCUAUCUAUCUAUCUAUCUAUCUAUCUAUCCAUGUACCUUUCUUUCUUUCUUUCUUUCUUUCUUUUGCCCCUUUCUUUUGCCCUUUUCUUUCUUUUGUCCCUUUCUUUCUUUCUUUCUUUCUUUCUUUCUUUCUUUCUUUUGCCUCAAUGUAUCUUUUAUCUUUUUUAUCUCCUUAGCAAUGUAUUGACGAUCUUCUUUCUUUCUUUCUUUCUUUCUUUCUUUCUUUCUUUCUUUCUUUCUUUCUUUUGCCCCUUUCUUUUUUCUUUCUUUCUUUCUUUCUUUCUUUCUUUCUUUUGCCUUUUUUUGUCUUGA